GUAAUCAUCAAUUCUGUGAUCAUUCAGAAGCUGGGCGUUAGAACUGCGGGACUGCUCGGAGUAGCGCUUAUUAGGGUCGGGGAGGUGCUGGUUAGCUUCUCGGUUCCCCUUGGGCUAUGUUGUUCGUUGGCACAGAGUGUUAUGGUUGGCAUUGGGAAAGGGUUCUUUUGCACUUGAUUACCCGGCUCACUUCCUAUGAGCGGUGUUGGUUGACUGGCUAAUGUACAGAUUCUGCUUCGUGGUAAGUUCUGGGAUAUCAAGUCAAUGGCAGCACAAAAGCUGGAGGUGCUGCUGCGUUGCAGAUCAUCUCUACUAUCCCAGCCCGAUAUUUCAGUAAGAAAGCGGCUCGCCAACAGCAUUGUCUUCGCCGGUGGUGGCUUUGGUGGCGCUGUCAUCAGCAUCUGUCUCGAUGCCUUGAACCAGGACGUUGGUCCAGCGUGGGCUUUGCGAGUCUGGGGCUUGCCAUCCUCGCCACUGGCCUUCCGGCUGCCUGGUCCGUCAAGGAGCGCAUCCCUGUUAGAAUGGAGUGCUUCUGGGAGGAUUGAACUUUGCCUCUGCGGUAAGAAGAAUUAUUUGCGGUUUCUUCUCGUGCAUACCAACAGUGGUAAAUCAUGUCUUUGGGUCGGCCAGAGUGGCUGUGGCUAUGGGCAUGAUAUUGACCAGUUGGGGAGGCGGGUAUCUAUCUCAUGCACACCCAUGGAAAGAAGUUGGGCCUCCAGGCUUUCCGUCCAGUCAUGUUCUACGCUGGCCCCAUGGCAUUAGAAACAGCUGGGUUCGUGGAGGCUUAUCCGGUUGCGACAGAGCAAGAAUUCAUUUGCGAAGCCAUGAGAUCACGUCAUCGCUGCUUUGGAUUUCGAUGCUAAUUGUGCUAAUUGUGGAGGAAGCACGGUGUCCAUACUAA